AUGAAAUUCAUUUUGCUCAUAACCUUCUUAGGAGCGGCUGUUGCCCUCCCUGUUCUUGAUGGUGACGAUGACGAUAAGAUUGUGGGGGGCUACAAUUGCCCGAGGGAUUCUGUCCGCUACCAAGUCUCCCUGAAUUCUGGGUACCACUUCUGUGGCGGUUCCCUCAUCAGCAGCCAGUGGGUGGUGUCAGCUGCUCACUGCUACAAAUCGCGUAUUCGAGUGGUACUUGGGGAAUACAAUUUGAGGUUAAAUGAUGGCACUGAGCAAAACAUCGAUUCAGUCAAAGUCCUCCGUCACCCUAGCUACAACUCCCAGUUGUUGGACAAUGACAUCAUGCUGAUCAAGCUAGCCACACCAGCCACCCUCAACAGGAAUGUCAAGCUAGCUGCUCUCCCCACCAGCUGCGUGACCACCGGGACACAGUGUCUGAUCUCUGGCUGGGGAAACAUCCUCAGCAGUGGCACUAACUACCCUGAUAUCCUGCAAUGCCUAAACGCUCCUGUACUUUCCUCCAGUGAGUGCAGUAGAGCCUAUCCAGGACAAAUUACCAGAAAUAUGAUUUGUAUUGGAUUUAUGGAGGGGGGCAAAGACUCUUGCCAGGGAGACUCAGGUGGCCCUGUGGUCUGCAAUGGGCAGCUCCAGGGAGUUGUCUCCUGGGGCAUUGGAUGUGCUCAGAGAGGCUAUCCUGGCGUCUACACCAAAGUUUGCAACUAUGUCGGAUGGAUUGAAACCACUAUCAGAUCUAACUGAACAAAGCUUUGCAUUUGAAAAGAUUUCUCUUCUUC